GCCUGGAGCGGACUGGAAGGCAGGGCAGGCGGGGCCGUGAUGGUUUAGCCGUUGGAACCUUCAUUUCACGCGGUCUAUUGUCGAUCGCGGCAAAACUCUGAUUCGCUGGAAGAUAAAUACAUCCCGCUGUCUCCACCAAAGUUACCCCUCUUUCAUCCGCUUCUGUGCGGAGUACAUCAGUGCGACAUCAACCACAUUCGUCCGGCGAAGAUGCACCGAUGAAUCCUCCAAGCACAAACGCUUUGCGCCCUGGUGAUACCCAAGCACAUCUCGCAUGCGAACGAUGCAAAAGACGUAAAAUAAAAUGUGAUCGAGUGUUGCCAACAUGUCGAACAUGUCUAAAGAGCUCAGAGAGUUGUUCUUAUCCUCUUGUAUCACAUAAGCCUGGCCCAAAACCAGGGGUGCAACAACGUCGACGGAACCGGAGUACCCUUUCUGCUCCGGCAGCACAGCCAAGGAGUCUUGACGAGAAUGAAGUGUCUCACCGAACAGACAAUGGUCGUGAGAUAUCGAUUCCAGCUGCAGCAGACUUGCCGUCGACCGACAUCGACCGAUCUGCGUCAAGAGGCCUGGCUUUGUCUCAACUAAUUCAUCCUUCUCAUGAACCAAUAUCACAAUAUGUUACACAAAAUCCUGCUGAGGUUCUCUUUCCUGCUGAUACUGAAGCUAUCCAUAUUCGUGAAGCCUUGGGUCUCUCAGCAACUGUGUACCAGAAUUUGAUCGAUGCUUAUUUCGACAAUAUUACAGCAUUUUCAUUGUUCCACCGUCCGACUUUUGAAAAGAAGGUCUCUCGAAUCCGCAACCCUUUACAUAGCCAGGCUCUCCUUACGUCUAUAUUUUCACUGUCGGCUCGCUACACGAAUAGUGCUAGACCUAAUGAUCUAUUUCAAAACGAAUGGCUUCCUCGGGCUCGAAGACUGGUUGAUGAAUCGUUGAGAGAAUGCUCCGACGAUGUCCCUCCGUUAUGCUUACUACAGGCUAUGAUUUUGACCACCUUCCAGGAGCUUAUCAACGGUGUUCGAGGAUGUGCUUGGCGAUCAGUCGGAACAUGCGUUCGAAUUGCCUACGAACUGCAGCUGCACCUCAUAGACAAGAAUCCACAGCGAAGCCAAGCAGCGGCCACACUCGAGGAAGAGAAGAGGCGCGCGUGGUGGGUCAUCUGGGAGUUUGAUGUCUUUGCCUGUGCGAUUCGUCGUCUCCCUACAGCCAUCGAUUGGACGCAAAAUGAAACGUGGCUACCAAUCGAUGACGAAAUCUGGUUUGCUAAUGCUUGUGCAAAGAGUUGCACAUUAGACCCAGAUCCAGCGGUUGCUUGGAAGACUCUACAAGCCAGUGGAAACAGAAGUCCAAAGGCUUGGUUCAUUGUCGUGAACGCCUUGAUGAGAUGCGCCCAUAUUUUGUCGUACCCGCAAUCGUAUGCGAAUGGUGAAAGUCCUGAGAAUGUUCGAAUUCGGCUUGAAGUUUUGGCAAAUUCUCUCUUCUGUUUGACUGCGGCACUGCCAUCGGAAGCUAUCUAUGAAGGAGAGUUCCUUACAUUUUCUACGUGCCCGGAGAACAGGUCGUCAUUCCAGCUUGAUGGAGCCAAGCACAGUAUUCAUAUUAUGACGCAACUUUCGCGAUUCAUGAUCAAUCAUUACCAAGUCUUCGACAGCACUUCGAGGCGUUUGGCACUUGUAAACGAUGCCUCUGCUGCUACUACACAACAAGCAGCUAUUGACGAUGCUGCCUGGACGCACUAUCUUGGAGCUGCAUCCGAAAUCGUGAAGCUUGUCAGAGGAUGUGCGCCCAAACAUGUCAAUUAUGUCAAUCCUUUCCUGGCGAGUACAGUUUGGCUUGCGGCCGCAACGCAAAUUGUAUCCAAGGCGUUUAGCACAUCUUCGGCAGAACGCCGUGUGGCUGCCUCGAAUUUGGACGUUCUUCAGAUGAACUUGAAUGCUUUUGUGGAAAUCUUGGGGGUUUCCAAAAAUCUUCAGCAGAAAUUGGUCUCACUGGAAGCAAAGCUUGCUGCGUUCAAGGAGCAAGCGAGAAAUGACCGGCCAAGGCAAAAUCCACAGCAUUAUACCUUUGAUUCAAGAUCAUCUGGAUCCUUUAUCCAGGGGCAGAUGACACCUGACUCGAUGUCUGGAAAUCCAAUACAUCAGCAAACCCAGACACUAAACCCUGCCUUCGCUUCCGGUACAUGGCCUGUUGCUCCAAAUUUUGACUGGACAGACCCUUCCAUGAAUACGGAACUCAGUUCGAAUUUGUGGGGAUGGGGUGUGGACGAAUUACUCCAGUACGGAGUCACUUGAACUCUGGAUGGCAAUCCUGGGACUGGCUGGAUCGUAUUGGAGCGGAGGAUCUUGAUAUCUGGGGUACACCUUUACUUUGGUCAAAGUCCGCCGCUAUCGGAAGAAUUGCGGACCGGACGGACUAUCUUGAAUCUUGCUGGUCAAGGGGGCAACGCCACGUCUCCAUCUCACCCGAGCUGCAAGUCGACAACAAGUUAUUUCACAAUUCAAGUAUUAACCUCGCCAACUCCAACUGCUCUGCUACUUUCGCUCUUCGUCACCUUCAUCAAAAUUUCUAAUUCUUCGUUGUCCCCUCACAGCAUAAU